AUGGCCGGUUCUGAGGAAAUGCUGACAUUCAGGGAUAUGACCAUAGAAUUAUCUCUGGAGGAGUGGGUGUGCCUGAAUCCUGCUCAACAGAAUUUGUAUAGGGAUGUGACAUUAGAGAACUACAGAAACCUCGUCUCCCUGGGUCUUGCUGCCUCUAAACCAGACCUGAUCACCUAUCUGGAGCAGAGGAAAAAGUCGUGGAAUGUGAAAAGACAUGAGACAGUUGCCAAACACCCAGGCCUGGUUUCUAAAGUUGCCAUAAAGGCAGUCUCGUUUGGGCACGACCGUCAUGUUGUACUGUGCAGGAUGCGAAUGGAGAAGCUGCUGGUCUUUCAUCCUUUUUUGUUCUUCUACAAGUUUUGCCUUUAA